CAGGUCCUUCACCCAGUGCUCAUCCCUGUCCUGAUCGUAGUUGAUGACAGCAUGCUGCUUGUCCACGCUGCGGGACUGGGGACACACAGACUGCCCUCAGCUCGCCUCCCCAGCUAGGGGUGCAGGGACGAUCAUAGAGCAGUCAGCGGUGCCAGCAGGAGCCUCCCUGACACAGAGGCCACCCCGGGCCAUCUGCCCCAGGCUGCUCGAAGGACACGGGUCAGCAGCGCAGCCUGCUGUCAGCACCUCCCCCAGGACAGCCUGGGGGUCUCCUGGUGAGAGGCCUGGUGAGAGCAUCUCCCACGGCGACGGCUCUCCGAACAGAAACUUCCUGAGGUUCCUGGCCAGCCUGAGAGAAAAGCCGAGCCACAGGCCCCAGAGGCCUCUCCAAACCUUCCUGCCCUGCCCUGGCCUGGCCAGCCCUCUGGCCAGACCGCUCUGUGGGUUCUGGAGAUGCCAUGCCCCUUCUUGGACCUGGGCCCUUCGCCGAGGACCACCACCCUCCCUGUGUCCACCUUCCCUGACGCCCCUGCCCACCCCAUCCAUCUUCUGGUCCUUGGACCUUGCACAGUGUCCCCCCCAUUUGCCCCCAGAGCCUGGGCCACCCCCUCCAGUCCCCAGGCCCAGCCUCCACUCCCGGCCAGGGCUCUAGCACCAGGCACAGCUCCUGCAAAAACCCCCUCCCAGACUGGGGGUAGCACCAGGACUGAUGGGGAGCAGGUGGAGAAGGGCUCCAGGACCGGAAACCUCCCUCCCAGCCCUGACACCCCAAGCCAGAAGCAGACCCCAGUUCCACCAGGCCCAGGAGCUCAGAGGCUGGACACCCACCCAGGGAAGAUGGAGGCAGCCCCUUAGCCCUGGAUUUGAGACUUCACAGGACACAAAGCAGCUCAUGAAGGGAGAGAUCGUGCAACAGGUGAAUAAAAUGACCCUAACAAACUCCAAACAUACAGAUAUUUGAAAAAGAGUCUAAUUAUACUCACUUUAAAAGGAACAAAGAUGUGCUUCCAAACUUUAUGUGACUC